AUGGGUUCCAAUCUCUUUACGGUGCGAUUUCAUAAUCCACAGGACAGAGACCGGAUUCUCAGAGCAGGGCCAUGGAACUUUGAUAAGUUUCUUAUGGUGAUGACGAAACUUGAGGUAGAUGAGGUUCCGUCCCAGGUUCCUCUCACCAAGGCACCAUUCUGGGUGCAAGUCCAUGAUUUUCCGCCACGAUUACGCUCUGAUGCUACGGCUAGGGCUAUUGGCAAGGUGUUGGGAGAAUUUAUGGAGUGGGAUCAUGCAGACAAACAUCGUGACGGUCAGUUCCUCCGUGUACGUGUGAUGCUCGACGUAACACGUCCUUUGCUGCGUGGCUCUCGUCUUGCUCGUGCGAAUAAGGAGCCCCUACGGGUUCGUUUCAAAUAUGAGCGUCUGGGUAAUGUAUGCAACAGAUGUGGGAAACUGGACCAUUAUUCUAAGGAUUGCUCGCUGGAAGCUCCAUCUCCUCUUCCCUAUGGGGCUUGGAUCAAGGCAGAUACAGGGAAGCAAGGUUUUGGUAGUGAGUCACAACGCCAAGAUGAUAAGAAGGAGAAAGAGAGGGACUCGAGUUCUGCCAAUGAGAAGGAGCUACACUCACCUACGGCUUCACAACAUUCAGCCUCCAAGCCGCGGGAGAGUGGUGUUAGUGGUGAGGCGGAGGAGACCGCCGGUAGGGUGAAGGGGCUGCCCUCACGUUCCACGCUUCCAAAGCGUAAGGAGACUUCCCUUGGUGGCGGCUCGGCCAGGGGAAAGAAGAGAUCAGCGGAGAGUCGUGAUUCAUCGAUGGGUCAAGCACACCCUUCAAAGAAGCUGCUUUCUGAUGCGAUAUCGGCGGAUGCUGCUGGGCAGGUCCGCCGGGCACAAUGA